UUAUGAGGAUGGAGAUUUACAGAGCACUGAGCUCGUAGUAGUAAUAAGAAGAAGACGAAGCAUCAGCUUCACGAGCGAGAAACUUAACUGCUUCCAUGGCUUCCGCUCGAGAGAAAACGCUUUAACCUUCUCCAACAAAGCCACCGUCAAAGCAAAUUUUCUCUUCUUCAGAUCCAUGCUUGCAUGCUCCAUCACGCCAUAGAGACCAACGUUCAAAUCUUCACAAAACUAUUAUCUGUUUCCGCGUCAGCUGUUGGGAUUAGCCACGCACGUAAGUUGUUCGACGAAAGACCCCAGAGAGAAAGACAGUUUCCUCUCUAACUCCAUGAUCAAGGCUUAUCUCGAAACUCGCCACUAUCCUCACUCUUUUUCUCUAUACAGAGAUCUUAAGAAGGACACGUGUUUCCGACAACUUUACUUUCACGACACUGACAAAGGCCUGCACUUUGAGUAUGUGUGUUGUUGACCAAGGUCUACAGUUGCAUAGCCAAAUUUGGAGAUAUGGGUUUUGCGCAGAUAUAUGUACGCUAAGUUUGGGAAGAUGAGAUUCGUAAGGAAUGUUUUCGAGGAAAUGCCUCGAAGAAGUGAGGUUUCUUGGACAGCUCUAAUUUGCUAGUACGCUAGGUGUGGGGAGGUGGAAGUAGCGAGCAAGCUCUCUGAUGAGAUGCUUGAAGCUAAGAACAUUGUGAUAUACAAGGCGAUGAUGGAUGGUUAUGUUAAAUCUGGUGACAUGACCUCUGCUAGAAGAUUGUUUGAUGAGAUGAGUAACAAAACUGUGAUCACUUGGACCACUAUGAUCCAUGGUUACUGCAACAACAAAGAGGUAGAUUCCGCUAGGGAGUUGUUUGAUGCUAUGCCGGAAAGGAACUUAGUCUCUUCGAACACAAUGAUGAGUGGAUACUGUCAGAACAAACAACCUCAAGAAGCUAUAAGAUUGUUUCAAGAAAUGCAGGCUACCACGUCGCUGGAUCCUGACGACGUGGCUAUUCUGAGUUUGCUACCAGCUAUUUCUGACACUGGCGCUCUCGUCCUCAGUGAAUGGUGUCACCGUUUUGUGCAGAGGAGGAAGCUGGAUAAGAAGGUGAAGGUUUGCACAGGCGUUCUCGACAUGUACCCGAAAUGCGGGGAGGUAGAGGAGGCGAGAAGAAUGUUCGAUGAGAUGAGAGAGAAAGAAAUAGCGUCUUGGAGCGCUUUGAUAAAUGAGUAUGCUUUGAAUGGGAACGCACGUGUAGCUUUGGAUCUGUUCUUGACAAUGGUGAGAGAAGUAAAGCCAGAUGAGGUCACGAUGCUAGCUGUUCUCUCAGCUUGUAACCAUGGGGGAUUAGUGGAGGAAGGAAGAAAAUGGUUCCACAUGAUGGAAGAGUUUGGUCUGAUUGCUAAGAUUGAGCAUUAUGGCUGUAUGGUUGAUCUACUAGGCAGGACAUGAGAACUAAAAGAAGCAGAGGAUAUGAUUACAAACAUGCCUUUUGAGUCGAACAGUAUCCUAUGGAGUCAAGUGAAGUGUUUCUUAUCAGUUUUGAGACACGUUUGUUUGUGCAUCUCAGUAUACUUGUAAAGAGAGGUCCUCGAGGUUUCGGGAAUCACUUUUCCUCUUCUCUAACAAUGUUUGGAAAGGAAAACCAUAUAUCUUGCCUUGAUCAGAGCUUG